AUUUCUGUGUGUAAUGACAACUGCUAUCCUGGCUACAGCAGAAAAAAGAAGGAGGGAGAGAAAUUUUGCUGUUAUGAUUGUGUUCCAUGUCCAGAAGGGAUGAUCUCUGGCAAGAAGGACAUGGAUUCCUGUGUCAAAUGUCCAGAAGACCAAUAUCCAAACAAGGACAAAAAUCAGUGCAUUCCAAGAGUUUCAAGUUACCUCUCUUACAAAGAAGAUUUAGGGAUAAUAUUAACCAUCAUGGCUGUUUUUUUCUCUUUUGUCACAGCUUCAGUACUUGCAAUUUUUAUGAAACACAAGGACAGUCCCAUAGUCAAAGCCAACAACCAAAUCCUCACCUACAUCCUCCUCAUCUCCCUUCUCCUUUGCUUCCUCUGCUCUUUCCUCUUCAUUGGACAACCAGGAAAGGUGACCUGCCUUCUCCAACAAAUGGCUUUUGGCAUCAUCUUCUCUGUAGCCCUUUCCUCUGUGCUGGCAAAGACGAUGACUGUUGUUCUGGCUUUCGUGGCAACUAAGCCAGGGGCCAAGAUGAGGAAAUGGGUGGGGAAAAGGCUGGCAUAUUGUAUCAUUCUUUCCUGCUCCUUCAUUCAGGCUGGUGUUUGUACUCUUUGGUUAUGUACUUCUCCCCCCUUCCCACAUGCAGACAUGCACUCAUUAGAUGGGGAAAUCAUACUGGAAUGUGAUGAGGGUUCAGCAGCAAUGUUUUACUGUGUCUUCGGAUAUAUGGGUUUAUUGGCCAUAAUCAGUUUCAUUGUGGCUUUUCUAGCCAGGAAGUUACCUGACAGUUUUAAUGAAGCCAAGUUCAUCACUUUCAGCAUGUUGGUGUUUUGUAGUGUUUGGCUGUCCUUUAUUCCAGCCUACUUGAGCACCAAAGGAAAAUACAUGGUGGCUGUGGAAAUCUUCUCCAUCUUGUUCUCUAGUGCUGGGUUACUGGGUUGCAUCUUUUCCCCUAAAUGCUACAUCAUUGUCCUGAGGCCUGAUUUGAACAGUAGGGAACAUUUACUGGGUAAAACUGGACUUCAUUGA